CGCACCUGCGACCCAGCAGUCAGGUUAAUGGAUAACCUGUCGCAGUUACCAGCUGUGGCUCACAACACGGAGUUCGGAGAGCAACGCUGAACUGUGACCAAACACGUUUCAGUUUUCACACAGUUGGCACCUCCGGGUCCGGCACCGUCUUACUGUGGAUACAGAAAGGAUACUCAGAUGGAGAACUUGCAAAUUGGACACGUGUCCAACCAGUGAGACAAAGUGGAACUGCGGAAGUUUUGUUUGCAGCCAGAUACUCGGCAGGUUUCGCCGCGGUGCUGAGGACUCCUAAUAACAUAUUUCGUCGGUGAAUAACAGAAGAUGGACCGGUACAGGUACUUUACACUGAACCGGACGAGCGUGCUCGUCCUAGGUGUCCUCCAGGUCGCCUGCGCAGGCCUUUGUGUGGUGUGCGGUUUUAUGGACGCUGUUUUCCGAAGGGACACUCCGCUGAGCAGCACCAGGACCCCGGUGUGGGGAGGACUGAUCAUGGCCUCUCCAGGUGUCCUGGCGCUGUUCGCCUCUCAAAGGAAGAAUUCCGUUUUGGUGAGUGUGAUGGUGGCAGCAGCAGGGCUCUCCUGUGUGGCCGUGCUGUUUAUUUCUGGUUAUGCCUGUCUUACCCUCACUUAUGGAGAGGAGGAUGAAGACGUCUUCCGCCACCACGACAGUCCUCAAGUGACUUUUGUGCUUCAUCGGAUGGUGAAGGGGGCCAAUGCCACCAUACUGCUGACCUGCACCAUCAGCUUGACUCUGUCUUCUCUCAUCGCCUACGUGGGCUGUCGAAGUCUUCCCUGUUGUGGCUGCUAUGAUGCCAGAACUGGACUGCUCCAACAGGGGACCAGACCCAGAUGCAGACACAUCUCCAGAGAGCCACCAGCCACUUCCUCUCCAGACCUUCCAGGAGACACUGGUCCCUCAGUACGACCCUGGGGACACUGAGCUGGUGUGUACCUGGCAAGGAAGUGACGACAGGCUCUUCAACUCUCCAGCUCAGUCCACUAAGCAUGGCAUCACUGAGGAAGAGGAGGGACCCUCCAAACAGCCUCCAUACAGCAGACUGACCUGACACAUCCUAUGUGCCUACUUCUUACUUGUGGAUGGACUGAGGGGAGGGAUCUUAACUGCUGAAGCAUACAAGUAAUUUUUGCUCCCCAUUAAACUGAGGAGACUGCACUGUGGCAGCUUCUAUAUUUUAAAACUUGCCAAAGCUGUUCCUAAAUCCUUAAAAUGUGUGUUUUGUGUAUGUAAUAAAUGAAUCUUGACUGAA